AGUGACGGGGAGCGAGCGGUUCCCAUGGUGACGGUGAGGGGCGGGGCGGUUCCCAUAGUGACGGGGAGCGGGCGGUUCCCAUGGUGACGGGGAGCGGGCCGUUGCAGGGCAGCGGGAGACAUGACGGCCCCGAUGAGUUCGGUAUCCACGGUGGGAGGGGUAGCGCCGCCGACUCCUCAUCCCCCCCAGGAGAACAGCUACAUCAUCAGGCCCAACUUCCAGAACAAGUUCAAGGCUCCCAGAGUAAAGGACAGCAUCCGCCACGUGUUGAAGGAAGAGCUGUCAGGCAAGGUGUACGAUCCAGAGGAAGUCCCUGGCCUGACCAAGAGGAUUGCAGAAACUAUAAAGGAUGAAGUGAAAGAAAUGGAUUUUGACAGAUACAAAGUGGUGGUGCAGGUGGUCCUUGGGGAGCAGCGGGGUGAAGGAGUGAAGAUGGUAGCACGAUGUUUCUGGGAUGCUGAUACAGAUAACUUUGCUCAGGAGGUUUAUAUGAAUGAGAGCCUGUUCUGUGUUGCUGCUGCAUUUGGCAUUUACUACUAUUAACAGCCUUCGGAGGAUGUAAUCCAAGCCAGUGCUGCUGUAUAUAAAUAUUUUCUACGGUUUUGUACAUAGAGCGAGUUGUAAACCAGAGCGCAGUUGUCGUGAUUGGGAAUAGGAAGUAAUGAACAAUGAGGAAAUAAACUUUAUUUUCUUUCAUUUGGU